CACAUCUGUGCAGCAGCACAUCUGUAGAGCAGCUUCUUGUCAAUGAGUUCAUCCUAACUCCUCAACUCCUGUCUUCCGUCUCAAAGCAAGCAGGAUCAUUAACUUUGAUAUCUUAUUGAUUUUAUAGCUCAGUCGAAAUGAGCCAAGAGGAGCCGAGCAUGACAGAAGGUGAGAGCAUGAAGGAGGUCCCCGCUGAGGAGAGGAGCAGCGCGGAGGAGAAGCAGGAGAACGGGGGGUGUAAGGAGGACCUGGCACCUCCAGCGGCCCAGGAGGUCCAGUUCGUGCACCCUGAAGGCGGCUGGGGCUGGGUGGUCAUGCUGGCCUCCAUGUGGUGCAACGGCUCCGUGUUCGGGAUCCAGAACUCCUUCGGCCUCAUGUUCCUGUCCCUGCUCCGGGAGUUCGGCUCCGAGCACGACCCGGACCUGCGCUUCAGGACGUCAUGGGUGGGCUCCCUCUCCAUGGGGAUGAUCUUCUUCUGCUCUCCCAUCGUCAGCGUCUUCACAGACAUUUUCGGCUGCAGAAUCACUGCAGUGGGGGGUGCAGCUGUCGGCCUGGUGGGCCUGCUGGCCAGCUCCUAUGUUAAGUCUCUUGGUGUUAUGUACUUCACCUAUGGCAUUGUGUUUGCCUGCGGCUGCUCCUUUGCCUACCAGCCCAGUCUCGUCAUACUGGGUCACUACUUCAAGAAGCGCCUGGGUUUGGUGAACGGCAUCGUGACAGCUGGCAGCAGCAUCUUCACCAUCACCCUGCCCUUCGUCCUGUCCGGCCUUCUUAGCAAAGUGGGCCUGCAGAACACCAUGCGUAUUCUCUGCAUCUUCAUGUUUGUGCUGAUGCUGGCCAGCUUCACCUACAGACCCCUGCUACCGGUCAAACCCACCAAUUCUCGAUCCGGAAGUUUCCGCAUGAGUUCGAUAUUCAAUGGGAACAUCUGGAAGUCUGUGGGUUAUCGCAUCUGGGCUUUUGGUAUACCUGCAGCCCUCUAUGGAUACUUUGUACCCUAUGUUCAUCUGAUGAAACAUGUGGAGGAGCAAUUUGGAACAGACACCAAUAAAGAGAUUCUGCUCAUGUGCAUUGGCAUCACAUCCUGUUUGGGCCGAUUCAUCUUUGGCAGCGUAGCGGACUUCGUCAAGGGAGUCAACAAAGUGUUCCUGCAGGUGGCGUCAUUCUUUGUCAUUGGUCUCAUGUCGAUGAUGAUCCCUCUGUGUGAAAUCUUCGGGGGCCUGAUUGCUGUGUGCCUGCUGAUGGGACUCUUCGAUGGAUGCUUCAUCUGCAUCAUGGCCCCCAUCGCCUUUGAGCUGGUUGGGCCGAAUGAUGUGUCCCAGGCCAUCGGAUUCCUGCUUGGCCUGAUGUCCGUGCCAAUGGUUGUGGGUCCACCCAUAGCAGGUUUCCUGAGGGACAAACUGGGAAACUACAACAUGGCCUUCUACCUGGCAGGAAUCCCUCCGAUCAUCGGCGGCAUCCUGCUGUGUCUGAUUCCCUGGGUGGAGGCCCGGAGCAGGAGGAAAGACAAGGCAGCCCUGAGCAAGGAGCAGGAUGUUGAACAGAAGAUGAUCGAUAGUGAGAAGGCUCACGAAGACACCAAAAACAAAGUUGGAGACUCUGUCCUUUAAGUGUCCACCUCUCCAACAAACUGAAAGAGACUAAUGUCGAGUCAGACUGAGGGCACAGCUGACCAGAAAUAUUAAAAGUGUGUUUUUAGACAAAAAUUGUAAUGAAAGCUUUCAGUGUGGCUAAAGUCCAAACCAAAGAACCAUAUCAAAGUCAGAUGUCUUAGAGUUGAACAUGAAUGUGAUCCUGAAGAGCUGCAUUCAGCUGAGCUGACCUCACAGCAGGCAAAUUUAUCAAACAGGGACACCUGCACAUUUCACUUUUGUCACCAGCGUGAGAGUUUGUUUUACUCAUAAAGCUGCUAAUGAGGCCUUCAGUCAAAACCCACACAAUCACCUGGCAUCCAUGCUGCUUAUUCAGGGGUGCAGUUCUCUCAACACUACCAUGCAGGUGCACGUGUGAUAUAAACAUUCUUAGAUUUAACAAGAGAGGGAACAGAGUUGAACUUGAUUUAGUUUUGUUUUAUGUCAGUAUAAAUCAGGAAGCCCUAAAGAAACAGUGUCUUUGUUUUCUACGACCCUGUCUUAGUCUUAAAACAACAAUGAUGGGGUUUCUGUUCGGAGUAUUUUCAACACAUUUAGGAUC